UGGUUUCCAUGCUCAUUCCAUCGCAACUUAACUCCUCUUUUCCCUUCCCGUCGGUUUCGUUGUCCCCUUCCGAUUCAGCCACUGCGUGCUCCGCCUCUCCUGCUUCGAUGGCUCUGCAAUCAUCGGCUUCUUAGUUUCCAAGAGCCUCAACGAUCUUCUUGCUACAAUUACUGCCUCCGAAGACUGCUUGGCCUUUCCAAUUACUGGUCGCCCCACAACCGCCGGCUGCCCCCUUGGGACUUGAAGUUGGGGAACACUUUCAUUAUACAUUUUACUUAUGGAUGUGACUAUACAUUGAAGCGACGGUCCCUCGUGACUGAGCCCGUCCAUAAAGGCCGCUCCCCUGUUGAGCAAACCACGGCGAAGAAGAGAUGGACGCAGGUGGAGACAUGGAGCUGCCGGAAUGGUGCAAACUGCUGCCCAAGAUCGAGCUCCAUGCCCACCUCAAUGGCUCCGUCAGAGAUUCAACCCUGCUGUGAGAUCUCGCCCAUCUCUUUCCCUACUAACUAACUCAUCUAUCCAUACCUAGGGAUCUGCCAUCGAAACGUCCGUGCUAUCAUUUCAUACUCUCUCUGGAUCACUCACUGUGUGCCGUGGGAAUUGUCGAUGUACAAGUAUUUCAUCAUCGGCCGCCCAUCGUUGAAACGAUUCUAAUUCCUUGUGCCUGUCGGACCGAUAUAGAGCUUGCAAAAGUAUUGGGAGAUGAAGGUGUCAUUAAUUUUGAAGAUGUAGUACAUGUUAUCAUGAAAAAUGGACGGUCUUUGCCAGAGUGCUUCAAGCUUUUUGAUUUAUUUCACAUACUUACCACUGACCAUCAAACUGUGACAAGAAUUACCAAGGAGGUCAUUGAAGAUUUUGCUGCUGAGAAUGUUGUUUAUCUUGAACUAAGAACAACUCCAAAGCAAAAUGAAUCUAAAGGAAUGACAAAGCUCUCAUAUAUGAAAGCAGUCAUUAAUGGCAUACAAGCAGUUGAUACUGUUGAUGUUGCUUUUGUAACAUCAGGUGCAAGCAAUUUACCUCUUUCCGAAACUACACCAGUAAAUUGUAUAAGCAACUGCAACAAGAGGAAGAAAAUUUAUGUGCGCCUUCUUCUGAGUAUUGAUCGCCGUGAGACCACUGCAUCUGCAAUGGAAACAGUCAAGCUUGCAAGGGAACUGAAGGAUUUUGGUGUGGUUGGACUUGAUCUCUCUGGCAAUCCUAUUGUCGGUGAAUGGGAAACUUUCCUUCCUGCACUGAAGCAUGCUAAAGAGCUAGGGCUACCUAUUACUCUCCAUUGUGGAGAGGUACCAAACCAUAAGGAAAUCAAAGCAAUGAUCGAUUUUUGCCCCCAACGAAUAGGCCAUGCUUGCUUCCUUAAAGAAGAGGAAUGGACGAGGGUGAAAGUCUUAAGGAUCCCAGUUGAGAUAUGCUUAACAUCAAAUAUCCAAAGUGAACGCCUCUCUUCCUUAUCCAAUCAUCAUUUUGCUGAUAUUUACAAAGUUAACCAUCCAGUGGCACUGUGCACUGAUGAUUCUGGUCUUUUCUCAACAUCUCUGUCAAACGAGUACCAUCUUGCUGCCUCAACAUUUGGACUAAACAAGCGCGACAUGUUUAUUCUUGCUCGAAGUGCCAUUCAAUUUUCAUUUGCUGAUCUUGAAGUCAAAGAAGAGCUUAGUAAGAUUUUUUGUGAAGCUGAAGGCACAUUAUUCAUGUAAUAUUCUCUAAUUGGAAUUGAUCGUGCUCAUAAUUAGACAUUGUAUUGGAAGUUUCAGUUUAUUGAAAUCAUAAUCAGAUAAUGGAUUAGUGUGCCUUGCAAAUA